AUGUCAAAAGGUACAUCAAGUAAACGUCGGCAUGGCUGUAAAACGCUACGUGAACAAAAUGAUGCAACUUCAAGUUAUACGAGAUCAUCUGUUACAGCUUCAAGUAAUUCCAAUACAAGCCUCUGUCCUCUAAUCUUUAAUGGACCAUCAUUACCUGGCGGCGAUAUAAAUCGCUCUCCUCCCGAAAGUAUGCCCUGUGAGCCGUCCACUUCCAGCAUCCAUCAGGUUGCCGAUGAAACUGCUGAUUUGAACUCGGAAGUUUUGUUGCCAUUACCGGUUCUUUCAACAAUGGAUACAACAGGACCGUUGGCUAAUUUAGACGAUAACAAUCAUUGUUACGUUGGUUUAGUCAAUCAAGCUAUGACUUGUUAUCUGAAUUCACUAAUACAAACGUUAUAUAUGACACCUGAAUUCCGAAAUGCAAUUUAUGGGUGGAAAUUCACCGGUUCUGAAGCUGCGGAAGCUAGAAGCAUUCCAUGCCAACUACAAAAAUUGUUUUUGCUUCUGCAAACCAGUGACCGUGAAUCGCUGGAAACUAUUGAUUUGACUGCAUCUUUUGGUUGGAGUAAUUCCGAGGCUUACGAGCAACAUGAUAUCCAGGAGUUAUGCAGAAUAAUGUUUGAUGCAUUAAAACAGAAAUGGAGCAAAGCAGACGCUAGUUUUCAGGAACUAUACAGGGGUAAUAUGGAGGAUUUUGUCAAAUGUCUUUUCUGUCAAAAGGAAAAUAUCAAGCAGGAUGAAUUUCUGGAUUUGCCAUUAGCAGUGAAACAAUUUGGUGCCACUGAUGCCUUCAAAAGUGUGGAAGAGGCACUUCAUGCUUUCAUCAAACCUGAAGUGCUGGAAGGAAGUAAUCAGUAUUAUUGUGAAGGGUGCAGAAGGAAGCAAAAUGCGUUAAAGGGUUUGCGAAUAAUAAAAUUUCCCUAUUUGCUGUCAAUCCAGCUUAAACGUUUUGAUUUUGAUUGCAAUACACUUCAUCGUAUCAAAUUAAACGACAAAAUGACCUUCCCAGCAUUACUAAAUUUGAAUGAAUUCGUUUACGAUGCAACGAAAAGUGAGCCACCGAAGAAGAUCAGUUGGGCAUCAGCAGUCUCAGUGUCAAGGAAAAAAGAUGAGCCAACAACAUCAAAACCAAAUUUAUCUGAUUAUGUAUCUCGUGCGGAACAGAAUAAUGGUCAUUUGGACGAACAAGAAGUUGAUAUGUUACUUAAAAGAGAUGGUCCAUUUCUCUAUGAAUUAUUUUCGGUUAUGGUACAUCAAGGGAGUGCUUCAGGAGGCCAUUAUUUCGCAUAUAUCAAGAACAUGGAUCAAGAUAAAUGGUUUUGCUUUAAUGACAGUAACGUAACUCCUGCUUCAAUUGAAGAUAUACAUCGUACAUUUGGUGGUUCUUGUGGUGGUUGGUCAUCGGGAAAUACAAAUGCUUAUAUGUUGAUGUAUAGACAGAUUGAUCGUAAGCGAAAUGCAAGAUUUAUAAAAACUGGUGAAUUAGCGGACCAUCUUCUGGAGCGUUUGAGGCGAUUUGAGGAGCUAGAAGAAGAGAAACUUCGAGAAAAACAAUACAAAGAGUCGCUUGUUUCGGUUAACAUAAUGUUCAAUGGAGCUCAUAUUAUACCAGAUGUUGCUAAUCUAACGGAAGCAAUGAAAUUUCCAUACACAACGAAAUUAUCCGAAAUUUACGAUGCAAUUCUUAAGGCAUUUUGUGCUAAGACUUCUGUUUCAGUUUCUGACGUUCGGCUGCUGUUGUGCAAAGAUUUCACUUAUUCAAUUAUACGUUCAUUCACAGAAAAUGAAAUGCAAAAGACAUUGGAAGAAGUAUAUCCUGGAUGUUCCGUAAAGAGUUUAUACCGCCCGAUUGUAUAUUUUCUGUUAGAUGUUAAACCGUCUGAGGCACAACAGUUUUAUCAUAUUUAUGACGAUGAAUCAGUUGGCACAGUAAAAUUAAUUGCACUUAAUAUUGAAAAUGGAACCUUUCUGCCAUCAUUUCAAAUGCAAUAUCACGAUAAUGAAACAAUGAGUAUGAUAAAGCAGAAAUUGGGACAGAUUUUUCAUAUUUGUGGUGAUAAAACCGACAACAUGCGUUUGGUAAUUGAUAAAGGAAUUGCUGCAUCACCGACAAUGGUUUUGCUUGAUGAUGACAGUUUUACCUGUGCACAAGCUCUGCUUAAUAUCACAAAUGUCAAAUUGUAUGUGGAUGUUGGUGGGAGUGGUUAUUCAACGGAUGAAGAUCGAAAAAUCGACUUUGAUAAGUCAAAGAUGUUUGCACUUUUAGAAAGAAGAAAUCAUGCAAAAAUAUUGACAAUAAGUCUUCCAACACCAGAUGAUUAUAUACAAGCUGGAAUUAUUCCAUCACUUUCGCAUGAUGUCAGUCGUUCAACAACUCCGAUAGGUAGUAUGCCUGCUGAUACAAAUACGACAACAUCAGGAUCUUGUUCAGCAGUUAUUGAUCUACGUAGUGUUCCCGCUUCAGGUAUACCAGAAACGCUUACAAUGAAGCAGACAACUCCCUCAAUGGCUAGUAGUCAUUUGUCAUCGGUAAUUUCCGAGGAGGAUAAUAAUAGUCCGUGCUUGGACGGUGAUGGUGAUAUGGAAUCUGUAAGCACAGCAUGUACUCCGAUGGUAUCACCGGUUGUAUCUGAUAGUGAUGAUACCGCUGAUGUUACUGCUAGGGAUUCCGCCGUUGAUCGAAUAAGCCGUUAUGAACGAACGUAUGAUGCAGUCAUGGCAGCUUCCGAACAAAAACGGUUAUUUGAAAUGGAGAGUACAGUAGAAGUUGAAGCAAGUAUUGCAAGCUCCUCUGGUGAUACACUUGUGGGUGGCACACAUACAUAUAUUUCCGGAACAACACAAUCUAGUUUUGAUAUUAUCAUUCGUGGAAAAUCACGAGUGAAAUCACUCAACGAUGUUGAAGUAGAUGUAGACGAUCGACAGUUAGUUAUUCACAUGAAGCAAUGGUUAUCAGCUGUAAUUGGAGUUGAUAUGAAUGAAUUUGUUGUCCUCAAACAUUACAGUACUGAUGACGCUGAUGGUUAUGAAAGCAUUAUUAACGAAACGGAAACUAUUCAUGACGCUUACUAUGCUGUUCAAAAACUGUCGGUGAAGUUGCGUUCGCCGUUGAAAGAGAAUGAAAAAUUGAUGCGGAUUAUCAGGUUUGAUCGUGAAAACGCUGAUUUAGAUAAGUGGCCUACAUUGUUCAGUAUUCCAACUACUGUUGAUAUGCAAAUACGUACAUUAUUGAUGCGUUGUCAGGAACAGAUGAAAAAGGUGUAUGCUACAAAAUACGACCUCAACCAAUUACGAUUACGAGAAGUGAUUGUUGGUGGCGGAGCACCAGUAUUGUUUCUGGGUGACCAGCUCGGCAGACGUGGUCACGAUUGGAACAAAAAUUUGUAUUUGCAAUUUCUCUCAGAUGAAGAAGUUGCACGAGCAAAAAUGCAUACAUCAGCAUCUUAUCCAGUGAUGGUGAGACGUUGGAAAUCAUCAGUGCCAGAAGUAACAUCUUUGGUUGAACUAAUGAUACCAGUAGAUAAGCAGAAUCAGGUAGCAGCACUUAAAGAACAGAUCUCCUUUCACUAUCGUGUACCAUUUGAUCAGAUUCAACUGUCAGAGGCAUUUCCAACAACUGCUUGGAGUAAGUGGCCAUAUACGAAGGAUAGAGUUGAUUUAUAUGAAAACGUUAGUUUUACAAAUGGUGAAGCACCAUCUAACGGAACAUUUAAUGGGAAACUCAUCUAUUUCAAAUUAGCUUAUGAGCAAGUGCGGCAGUUAACAGAGAAGGAGAAACGUUCAUUAAGAUUCAAAGAUAACGUUAUAAAACCCGGCGAUGGUACGAUUUCGCGAAGGAAAGAAAGACCACUGAGGAUACAGUUAUCGACUAGUAUCACCGAAGAUGAUUAA